AUGUACAAGUGGCAAAUACAAUCUGUGGAGCGGUGUGAUGACAUCACCGCCUUCUCCCUGCCGUCAGCCCCGUUGUCGUGUGUGCCGCCGGCGGGGCUGGGUCGACCUAAUGGGAAGCACCUGAAGCUGGGCGUGGCUAUUAAAACACGCAAAAAGGAACAAGUGACCCAGAAAGAGGAAGAGGAGGGGGACAAGCCGGAGGAAGAGCGAGGGCAGAUGGAUGCUGAGGGUGCAGCAGUUCAGCCGAUGACUCAAACACACGCGAGAGCGGCAAGGAGAGCCCGGAGCCCCCGCCGACCCCCCUCCGUCCCCCCGGACACAGCACCGCCUCCCCGAGCCACGUCGCCCCUCCCGGGGGAGAGCGUGAGACGGGAAAGAGCGCUGUCGGGAACGCCAUCCUGGGGGGGCCCUCGGGAACGCCGACCUGGGCAGAAGGAGCUGAACGACCGCGGCCUGGACCUUCAAACCAAAGUGUCCGGGAGCUCAAGGCCUGGGGGGGGGGGGAAGCUAGAAGGUAAAGAGGAGCGCCUCGGGGAACGGGAACGGGAGCGUCUCGGCUGGGGCGCAGAUUUAGAGACGCAUGGUCAGACGAUGAGUGUCAAGCGGAAGCAACUCCAAGGCAUUGCCCGCGGUCUAUCUCAAGCCCAGGAGGGGUGACGUGGCCGAGAAAGGCAUCUGAAGGAGAUGAGCGACGAGCAGGAGGGCCUUGAAUCAGGGCAAAUGGCGACCGGCUAUUGUGGAGGAGACGGGGAUGACUGCGUCAGCCAAAGAUCAUGCAACACAACACGCGGCGGAAGACCCGCGAGAUGCAACGGAGCCAGUCCCAGUGGAUGGUCAGGAAGAGGAAGGAGGAGGAAGAGGAGGAGAAGAGGUGGAUGGGGAUCAGAUAGAGGGAGGAUCAAAGGGGAGAAACAGCUCUGUCAGCCCCCGAGAACAGAAGACAAAACAAAAACUGGGGGAGGGAGGAUGAGGGCCCGCCGGAGGGAAAGGAAAGGGGGGGGGGGGGUGUGUGUGUGUGUGUGUGUGUGUUGACCCUCCGGGGGGGGGCGGAAGGUCAAGGAGGCCGAGUCCAAGCUCAGGGUGCUGGUGCUGGGGGAGUCUCGCUGCCCCUUGGCACUCGACAGGGACCACCGCGUCAAGAUCGGCAGGCGCCGCGUGACGCUACGGCAACGGGAGCGGGUUCUUCGGGGGCGUUUUCCGGGGACCGGCCCCCCAAGGUGGUGCCGCCAGGGGCUUACAGAUCGC